AAAUAACUGGCAGGACAGGAGUAUUUCCAGAAGACCUACACUAACCCUUGAGUAGCAUGGCAUAAAUAUUAAAGUAUGUAUGGACUUACAAUUAUUCUCUUUUAUGCCAAAAAUACUUAUUUUUGAGAAGUGUUUUGAAUUCAUUCUAACUGCAGCUGCCACUCUGCCCUCAUAUUUACUAAAAGCUUAAAUGUAUCUGUUUUGUCAUGUUACAUAGUGAAUCAUCAUAUCUAUUUUCUCUAAAAUAACAUUGUCUACGUUAGAGUCUGCUUUAUAUUUUAUGAUAUUUUCUUAUUUAAUGUGUCUGUUUGUACAUUACAUACAAAUCAGACGCCAGCUUCUUUUUGUGCACUCUUAUUUUGAAUCUAUUGCGUCAUAUCCGCUGGCCGUUUGGAUCUCCUCAAUGCUUGUGUUGCUCUUGCUCGAGGGAGUUCGUGCUGCAGACCUUUGCCUUUAAGCGUCAGUUUGUGUCUAGUGAGUGGCUCACAGCUCAAAUGUAUUACAGCAGUUUGAUUAUGACUUUGUUUGCGUUGCGUUGAUGUGACUAAACGGUACUACAUCUGCAUGGUUGAGUGCGCAUACAAACGUGGUCGUGACAACACGAUUCGCUAACGUUAGCUGUUCACCCAGCAACUCGUUACUGACCAGUGAGCGCAAACUGUUGGGAAAUGGGGAAAAAUCGCAAGAAAGGAAAAGGACCAGCUCACCCUCCAGGACCUGGAGCGCCUCCUCCACCCCGACCGCCUCCCCCUCAAGGCGGCUUUCGAGGUCCCGCGCCUGGUUACCCGAUGGGCCCCCCUGGACCGAGGUUUCCUGGGCCCCCUCGCGACUUCGGACCGCGUCACCCCCGGAUGAUGAUGAUGAUGGACGACAUGGAAGGAGAUCGAGGGUUUAUGCACGAAGCGCCUGGAUUCAUGAUGGACGACGGGCCUUAUCCUCACCCCAUGGAUUUUCCCGACAGACAUGAAUUUCACCCGCGUUUCGAUGGACCUGAUCCAGCUUUCCAUCACCCCGAGUUUGGGAACAGACCACCAGCGUCGCAUUUUUACCACCCAGAGCUUGAAUAUGGACCGCGGUUCCGUCCUCCACCAGAGUUUUAUGACGGACCUCCGGACUUCUGUCCGCCUGAGUUUAGGGGAAGACCCCCGAGCUUCCACCCGCCCGAGUUUGAAGGUUUCCACCGGAUGAACCCUGAAUUCGACCAAAUGGAGCACUAUGGUCCAAGAGACCCUUAUUACAUGCCACAAAUGGACCCACAUGGCAAUCAUGCGUUUGCUGGACCACUGGCACCUGAUUUCCGAGGCCCGGGUCCAGUACAGCCCCCAUCUGAGGCAUUCAGUGCCACUAGUGGGCCUCCUCCUGCUGGUCCACUCCAACCUCCGCAGAAACAAGAUCAGCAGGCUCCGAAAGAGACCAAGACUGAACCUGCUAAAUCCAUGGCUUCAAAGAUAUCCAUGUUCAAGAAUAUGUCUGCAAACACACCUCGUGGACGUUCAUUGGGAGUAAUUUCACUUAUUGCUAAUAAUUUUGGUUUCAUUGAACGGGAGGAUUUGAAGAAGUUUUCUUUUGCAUUCGAUGCUUUUAUGGGAAACCGGGCUCUUCUGGUGCCUGGGGUUAAAGUGCAUUUCACAGCAGUGAAAAACCUGGGAAAAGAAUGUGCGGUUGAUGUUAAAGUGGCACCAGGAGGAACCGAAGACAUUGACAGUACAGUGUAUGAAGGUGUAGUUCUCACAGUCCUUCCUGAUGACACCGUCCAGGGGGCUAACCCUGGCUGUAUCAGGACCAUCAUCUCUAAGGAUCCCAUUAAAUUGCACUUUGGAAAGGUGGACACCAAUGUGACUCUGCUGCUGUAUGAUCGUGUGGAGUUCCAGUUGCUGACAGAUGUUAUUACUAAGGAGCAAAGAGCCACAAACAUCAAACCAAAAACACCUGACACUUUUCAGCUCACCAAAGAAGUCAGGGAGACAGGUGUGAUUAUAAAUAAGAGCGAUGGAACCCUGACCAUCACGACAGAGAAAAAUGAUAGCGUGAUGGCCACUGCUACCGACAGUUUAUCAGAUGAAGAGCUGAAUGUCAUGGAUGAAGUGGAGCUCACCAUUUUGACUGUGAACGACACAAAGAAGGCCGUCCGACUCAGAAAGCUUCCAAAAGACAAGGUAGUUUAG